CAUAAUGAAUCACAGCAGCUCUGAGGCGCGAGAAGCAGGAGACGGAAGACGGAAUUGGAUAGUAACGAAAAUACGCUUCAUUUGUUAUUAUUGAGCUUUUUCCCGGGCCAGGAAUAAAAGUUGACAGAAAUUAGACUAACAGUACUAAGUAUUUAUCUCCAGGAUCCUUCCUUAAGGAGCCAUGGAUUAUUUUACUCGACAAACUUUUUUAAAACUUGCUUUUUUCAUCUUCACAGUUGUCAGGAGCAGUUGUGCUCUUUUGGAAAGAGCAGCAGAAGAUCCAGCGCAUCCAAAUCCUCUCGUUUCCAGUCCAGUAGAAGACAUUUCCUUCUGUGAUUUUGAAUCUCCAUGUUCGUGGAUGUUAUCCAAUCAGAGUGCUGGAGGGGACUGGUAUGUCACAUCACCACAGCAACACAGAUCCAAUAGAUGGGGAGUCCAUCCAAUCAAAGAUUAUUCCACUGGAAAAUCAGAAGGUCAUUUUCUGUUACUAAAGCCCACCUCAACUCAUUUCGCUGCUGGCAGAUGUAGUUUCCACCUGACCAGUCCUGUAGUGCUCAGCAGUGGGCCACUGUGUCGUCUUCGUCUCGCUCGCUUCCAACCGGAACCACAUUCAGGAAACAUAUCUGCCUUUGUGAAACACACCGACCACUCCGUCAUCAAACCAAUCGCUCUUACAAUCAACGAACAAGGAACUGCCAGGCCGCAGUGGGAGGUGCUGGAGGCUGUUAUUGGCCAGUUAGAUGAGCCUUUCCAUGUGACAGUGCAAUACUCUUCCUGUAGCAGCCAUGAAGUCGGAUUUCUGGCAUUUGAUUCACUUGAGUUGAAGGAUUGUGUCAUGGGUGAUGAUUAUUUGGAUUUGGGUUCAGACUGUGAGAAAUACUCAUCACUUCACUGUGAUUCUGGAGGCUGCAUUGAGAAGCGAAGAGUGUGUGAUUUUCAUACUGACUGUCCUCAAGGGGAAGAUGAGGGCUUAAUAUGCAACUCCUUACCUUUGGGCUCAUAUUGUUCCUUUGAGUUGGGCUCAUGUGGAUGGUCAGUGGCUGAAUCACAGUCAUCUUGGAGACUAGUUAGUGGACUACAGCUGAAUGAAGACACAGAUCUACUGGGCACAACUCUGCAAAACACUCAAGGGCACUUUCUUUUUUUAAAGGUCAGAGGUCGUGGUGAUGAAGGUGAGGCGUUGGUUCAAAGCCCAGCUCUCCCUUCAACUGUGUCCAAUCAGGACUGUCAGUUGCAGUUCUCUCUGUACCUUUGUGGGGAUUUCAAUGGAACAGUGAUCCUGUCAGUGGUGGAGAAUGGAAUGUCAGCUUCUCCACUGAUUUGGGAGAGAUCUGGACACUGGAAGGACGCUUGGCAAGAGAUCGCUCUGCCAAUUACAGGGUUCUUAAAAGGCUUCCAUCUUAAAGUGCAGGCCUUCUGGACUUCUGGAUCUAAAGCUGACAUUGCACUGGAUGACAUUUCUUUAAGUGCAGCAUGUUUUAACACAGAACUAAAUGAACUGCUUCUUGGACAAGGACUACCGCAUGAUUUAGACUCCUUCAGCCCUCUCCCAGAACCCUCAGCGUCAGAGGCUUCCCUAAUGACAUGGUGGUUUACCUCCUGUGGAGCAAGUGGACCUCUAGGCCCAACACAAGCCCAAUGUGACAGUGCCUACCGCAACAGCAACGUCAGUGUGGUGGUGGGGAAGGAGGGCCAUCUCAGAGGUGUUCAGAUGUGGAGAGUUCCAGCUACCAAUAUGUACAAGAUUUCAGCUUAUGGAGCCGCAGGAGGCAAAGGAGCAAAAAACCAUAACAAACGGUCACAUGGUGUCAUCAUCUCAGCUAUCUUCCCACUGGAGAAAGGUGACAUACUCUACAUCCUAAUUGGACACCAAGGAGAAGAUGCAUGUCCAGGAAGGAACCCCGUGACCCAUAAAAUCUGUCUUGGGGAGUCUUCUGUGAUAGAAGAUGGUUUUGACAGUGAUGGUUCGGCCUUAAAGUGGGCAGGGGGCGGAGGUGGUGGUGGAGGAGCCACAUAUGUUUAUCGGAUGGAGAACGGGGAACUAGUGCCUUUGCUGAUUGCAGCAGGAGGAGGAGGAAAGGCCUACCUAGAGGACCCUGAGAGCAGCCUGGAUCAAAUUUUUCUGGAACAAUAUGAGAAUGACACCUCUGUCCCUGGUGUCAAUGGCAAAUCCGGAGCAGCAGGUGGAGGAGGUGGGUGGAGUGACCUGUCUUCUCUCGCCUGGGCAGGGAAAUCUCUUGUGGAAGGAGGUCAAGGAGGCUCAUCCUGUCCUGAGGCUUUGUCAGUGCUGGGGUGGGCUACAUUUGGAGGGUUUGGGGGAGGUGGGGGCGCUUGCACCGCUGGAGGUGGUGGUGGAGGAUACAGAGGUGGUGAUGCACCCCCUCUUGAUGGCAUCACAGCAGAUGGACAUGAUGGCGUCUCUUUUGUUCACCCCAUGGGAAAGAUAUUUCUACAACCACUUGCAGCUAUGGAGAGUCAUGGGGAAGCUGAGAUCGAGGUGUAUCUAAACUGCAGCCACUGUCAGACCCAGAGCUGUAAGAGAGAUGAAGAUACCAGACUCAUUCUCUGCCUGUGCGACAACGACGAGGUUCUUGCAUCAGACAACGUCACCUGCCUAGUUGUCCCACUAGGCUCUCUGGCAGACGGACCCCCAUCUCUGAUAUUUAUCCUGGCAGUGAUUGCGUCCACAGUAGUCACGGGUGUCGUUCUGACCUGUGCCAGCCUCACGCUCAUCUAUUACCGUAAGAAGAACCACCUGCAUGCGGUCAGGAUUCGACUACAGAGCCCAGAGUACAAGCUUAGCAAAAUCCGCUCAUCCACUAUAAUGACUGACUAUAACCCCAACUACUGCUUUGCUGGCAAGGCGGCCUCACUGAGUGAGCUUAAAGAGGUUCCACGCAAGAACAUCACCCUCCUCAGGGCGUUGGGACACGGUGCCUUUGGGGAAGUGUACGAAGGACAGGUUUUGGGUAUGAAUGGAGAAAACACAGCCAUGCAGGUUGCUAUAAAGACUCUUCCAGAAAUCUGUUCUGAGCAGGAUGAGAUGGAUUUCCUGAUGGAGGCUCUGAUUAUGAGUAAGUUCAGCCAUCAGAACAUUGUGCGCUGUAUUGGCGUCAGUCUGCAGAUCCUGCCUCGCUUCAUACUGCUGGAGCUCAUGACAGGAGGAGACAUGAAGACUUUCCUCAGACUAAACCGCCCCAGAACUAAUCAGCCGUCUUCUCUAAGUAUGCUAGAGCUUCUGCAUAUGGCCAGAGAUAUUGCACUUGGCUGUCGUUAUCUAGAAGAGAACCACUUCAUCCACAGGGACAUUGCAGCACGAAACUGCCUUUUGACCUGUCCUGGUCCAGAGAGAGUGGCUAAAAUUGGAGAUUUUGGGAUGGCUCGAGAUAUUUAUAGGGCGAGUUAUUAUAGGAAGGGUGGCCGUGCCAUGUUGCCAGUGAAGUGGAUGCCACCUGAAGCCUUUCUAGAGGGCAUUUUUACCUGCAAAACUGACACCUGGUCUUUCGGGGUACUGCUGUGGGAGAUUUUCUCUCUUGGAUACAUGCCUUAUCCCUGCAAGACCAAUCAGGAAGUGCUGGAGUUUGUAACAGGUGGAGGUCGUAUGGAUCCUCCUAAGAGCUGCCCAGGCCCUGUUUAUCGGAUCAUGACACAGUGUUGGCAACACUGUCCAGAACACAGACCAAACUUCUCCACUAUUUUAGAGAGGAUCAACUACUGUACACAGGACCCUGAUGUCAUCAACACCCCUCUUCCAGUGGAGUAUGGUCCAGCUGUCGAAGAAGCAGGUGGCACUGUGAUCCGUCCUGAAGGAUCAGGCAGUAUGACCCCAUUUCUAGUGGCCCACUCUAUGUCCCAGGAUGCUUCCCCUCGACUGGGCAUCACCGGUGCUGCCCCACAGGCCCUCAAACCUACAAAGCUACAAAGACCGGUCCAUCUCACACAGGAGGCGGGCAUGUACCGAGAGACAUUGGAGACUUGUUGGGCUGAGCCAGUUCCUGCUCCUGAAGUCUGUCCAGGACAGUGGCUUCAAGUUCCAGAGCACCGGCCGUGCUCCAGGAGUAGUUCAUCGUCAGGCAGCCAGAAGCUAAAGAACAAGACAAAAAACCUUUGGAACCCCACCUACGGUUCCUGGGUCCUGGAGAGCUUUGGACGAGGGAAGACAGCUCUGUGCCACACCCAGUCCAUGCCUCUGUCUUGCAACAACAUGUCCAUGUCUGUCCCAUCAGAGUGCAUUGACCCUGGAGUAGAAGUUACCACAAGUGUCUCGACGUCCCCACCUCCGUCUGCUGCAUCCUCCCAGACCGCAUUCAGUCCGACAGGGACUUCCUCUCAGAAGGGUCCAACAGGGGCUACGGGCGGCUCGCUCGCUGCGGUUAUGGACUUGGCAAAACUCCAAAGCUUCCCGUGUGGCAACGUAAACUACGCGUAUGAUGAGCAGAGCUACGAGACUGAGAGUUUGCCUGUAGUUGUGUCCAAAUCUGUGGAGCCCAGCACCAGCUCUUCAGCUACAUCUUCACUGGCUGCCCUUGGCCUGGCCACAACAUUUUCCCACAAACCACAGGUGAAGCGCCAUGCUAGCUACGGACAUGAGGACAUAAGGAGGUACACCCAGUCUGAGAAGCCCACGAGGGACAGAGAUUCUGGCUUUUCCUUGUCUGAGGACCUCAGUGUCACCCCCGUGUAGCGUUGAACGAUCCAAAUGAGAAAAUGCCUAAUUUUUGGUGUUAUUUUUUUUUGGCACAGAGGUAUUUUACUGCAAUAACUGCAGUGGAUUAGCUAGAGGUGGAAUGACAGGUUAAGGCUGGAAUACACUUUAUCACUUUUGAAAUCUGAAUGUAUUUUAGAACACUAGGCAUCAUACACUUAAAAGGAUAGUUCAUCCAAAAAUUUAA